AUGACAUCUCAUGAAAAUUACUCCAUCUUUCGAGAAUGUCUUUCCAGUGCGAUUGUCGCUCGCUCUGAGAAGCCAAAAACCAAGCGACGAACCAAAGUCAAGCGCGGCGGGCGCAAACAAAGCAGCACCGUGGUGAGCUCGGAGGUAGUUCACGCCGAACGAGCUAACCCGGAGGAGCUGGCUGAGUUUAUUGAUUCGCAUAAACGAGAAACUAUGCCAGGUCUAACAUCACGCCAGUUUAUCGCAUCCGAAACAUUUACCUCAUUCCCAGAAGAUCUACGAAUACUCUCGUACGCCGGAAUUCAACAUGAUCCCAACCUUUCAAAUAUCUAUAUCCCGAUCGAGAAAGACGCACCUCUCGAUCGGUCUGUUCUUGAUUCGAUCUGCACAAUAACCCCCGUCGACGUUACAGAGACAUUGUCUGUCUACGGUCUUAUUCCUGAACCUACUGAUUUCCCCGAUUUCAUAUCACCUGUGCUAUCUGAGUAUGUUUCCAGCGUUACGAGUGGUCCUCCAGAGUGGUCAGCAACUCGGGCAGAUGCAUGCGAAAUUUGCGAGCGGGACUGGAUUCCCCUAUCGUAUCACCAUUUGAUUCCUCGAGGUGUGCAUGCCAAGGUCAUUAAGAAGGGAUGGCAUGAUGAGUGGAUGUUGAAUAGCGUUGCAUGGCUUUGCCGGGCUUGUCAUAGUUUUGUGCAUCGGAUGGCAAGUAAUGAGGAAUUAGCCAGAGAGUGGUUCACUGUAGAGAGGAUUAUGGAGAGGGCGGAUGUCCAGGACUGGGCGAAAUGGGUUAGCAGGACUGAGCCAUUACCCGAGGUAUAUCGUUGA